AUGGCUCAGCCUCUCGUGAAGAAGGACGACGAUCGUGACGAUGAAGAGUACUCUCCGUUUCUGGGGAUCGAGAAGGGUGCUGUUCUUCAGGAAGCCAGGGUUUUCAAUGAUCCUCAGCUAGACUCUAGAAGAUGCUCUCAGGUCAUUACGAAGCUUCUGUAUCUACUGAACCAGGGAGAAACCUUUACAAAGGUUGAAGCUACAGAAGUUUUCUUUUCUGUGACUAAACUUUUCCAAUCGAGAGAUAUAGGAUUGAGGAGAAUGGUUUAUCUGAUCAUAAAAGAGCUCUCUCCCUCUGCGGAUGAGGUUAUUAUUGUGACAAGCUCCCUGAUGAAGGAUAUGAAUAGUAAAACUGAUAUGUAUCGGGCAAAUGCCAUCCGUGUGCUGUGUCGGAUUACAGAUGGAACCCUUCUGACCCAGAUUGAGCGGUAUUUAAAACAAGCCAUUGUCGACAAGAAUCCAGUGGUUGCAAGUGCAGCUCUAGUUAGUGGGAUCCAUCUACUCCAGACUAACCCAGAGAUUGUCAAAAGGUGGAGUAAUGAGGUUCAGGAAGCUGUCCAGUCAAGAGCUGCCCUCGUACAGUUCCAUGCACUGGCUUUGCUCCAUCAGAUACGACAGAAUGACCGUCUUGCUGUUAGCAAGUUGGUUACCAGCUUGGUUACCAGCUUGACAAAGGGGACUGUCCGUUCACCAUUGGCCCAAUGUCUAUUGAUCCGAUAUACUAGUCAGGUUAUCCGUGAGUCAGCUGGAAAUGCACAAAUGGGCGACCGUCCUUUUUAUGAUUAUCUUGAGGGUUGUCUUCGCCACAAAGCAGAGAUGGUGAUUUUUGAGGCUGCCAGAGCAAUUACGGAGCUCCAUGGCGUGACCACCAGAGAACUGACUCCUGCAAUCACAGUUCUUCAGCUAUUUUUGAGCUCUUCCAAGCCAGUGCUAAGAUUUGCUGCUGUCCGCACUUUGAACAAGGUGGCAAUGACACAUCCAAUGGCUGUCACAAACUGCAACAUUGAUAUGGAGAGUUUGAUUUCUGACCAGAACAGAAGCAUUGCCACACUGGCAAUCACCACACUUUUGAAGACAGGAAAUGAAUCAAGUGUGGAUCGCUUGAUGAAGCAGAUAACUAAUUUCAUGUCAGAUAUUGCUGAUGAGUUCAAAAUUGUAGUUGUGGAAGCCAUAAGAUCAUUGUGUUUGAAGUUUCCACUGAAGUACAGAGCUCUGAUGAACUUUCUCAGCAACAUUCUCAGAGAAGAAGGUGGAUUUGAGUACAAAAAGGCAAUUGUUGAUUCAAUUGUGAUUCUCAUAAGAGAUAUCCCUGAUGCAAAAGAAAGUGGCUUGCUUCAUCUUUGUGAGUUCAUUGAAGAUUGUGAAUUCACCUAUCUUUCUACACAGAUACUCCACUUUUUGGGUAUUGAAGGGCCAAAAACCUCUGAUCCAAGCAAAUACAUACGGUAUAUUUAUAACCGAGUACAUCUCGAGAAUGCCACUGUUCGAGCCAGUGCUGUGAGCACAUUGGCAAAAUUUGGUGCUUUGGUUGAUUCAUUGAAGCCACGAGUAUUUAUUCUGUUAAGACGAUGUCUCUUUGACAGUGAUGAUGAGGUUCGUGAUAGGGCAACGCUCUAUCUAAAUACGCUUGGAGGAGAUGGUUCAGUAGUUGAGACUGACAGUGAUGUAAAGGACUUCCUCUUUGGGUCUCUGGAUGUGCCACUUGUCAAUCUGGAGACAAGUUUGAAGAAUUAUGAGGCUUCAGAAGAACCUUUUGACAUUAAUUCUGUACCCAAGGAGAUUAAGUCCCAGCCACUUGCUGAGAAGAAAGCCCAGAGUGAAAAGCCAACUGGUCUGGGUGCGCCUCCAAGUGCCCCUGUAUCCACAGUCGAUGCUUAUGAGAAGUUGCUUUCCUCCAUUCCGGAGUUUUCAAACUUUGGCAAGCUAUUCAAGUCCUCAGCACCUGUGGAGUUGACAGAGCCAGAAACCGAAUAUGCAGUUAAUGUUGUCAAGCACAUUUUUGAUAGUCAUGUUGUAUUCCAGUACAACUGCACCAAUACCAUUCCCGAGCAAUUACUGGAAAAUGUUAUUGUGGCCGUGGAUGCUUCAGAAGCAGAGGAAUUUUCUGAAGUUGCAUCCAAGCCUCUCGCGUCUCUUCCUUAUGAUACACCUGGACAGACCUUUUUGGCAUUUGAGAGGCCAGAAGGUGUCCCCGCAGUCGGAAAAUUUUCAAACACAUUGAGGUUCAUUGUUAAAGAGGUUGAUCCAACCACUGGCGAGGCAGAGGAAGAUGGUGUGGAAGAUGAAUACCAGCUGGAGGAUCUUGAGGUUGUCCCUGCUGAUUACAUUUUGAAGGUUCCAGUCUUCAAUUUCAGGAAUGCAUGGGAAAGCAUGGGCCCUGAUUUUGAGCGGAUAGAUGAAUAUGGCCUGGGACAAAGGGAGAGCUUGACUGAAGCUGUUAAUACUGUCAUCAAUCUCCUUGGACUGCAGCCCUGUGAGGGCACAGAGGUUCUCGCCAGCAACUCAAGGUCACACACAUGUCUAUUGUCUGGUGUAUACAUAGGCAAUGUGAAGGUCCUUGUGAGGUUGUCUUUCGGAAUAGAUAGUUCAAGGGAGGUUGCCAUGAAACUGGCCGUUAGAUCUGAGGAUGAAGCCGUCAGUGAUGCCAUUCAUGAGAUUGUGGGCAGCGGCUAG